GUCUGUCUUGUACAUGUGUGUGAUUAAAUAAACCGCACAAUCUGCUGAAUUUGCUGCACUGGACUUUGUCUCUCUUCUUCAAAGUUUAAACAUAUAUCAUAUUUCAUGUAAGAGAUAGGAGAAAGAAGUUUGACUUUAGGUCUUCCAUCACCAUGGAAAUACAAUGUUAACUCGGCAGGGAUAAACAAAGUUUGGGACAGAGGGAUGCUGCAGACACUGGAGGAACCACUGGAGCUGUUUGCGGCAGUUGCUGCUGUUGUUGCUGCUGCUGUAGUUGCUGCUACUGGGCUGUGACUGCAUCAAUACUGACAGUUGAUUCAGCUGCUGCACUUGUUGCCCAAUUUGCUAGGACUGCUGGGCCACAAUAGAAGAGAGGUCUGGGACAUCCGUCAGAGGCACCCCAGCGGGAUCCAUGGCCGGAUCUUACUGUUACGGCUGUGGUAAGACUGUACCUUUUUCUAAAUCUGCCCAGGCCCCAAGGCAAAGUAAGGUGCUGGAGAAAGGCAAAAAGCUUGUUGUAAAGAACGUAAACGUCAAGGAAUAUGAUGACAAAUUUGUGGAGAUUGCUGAGCUCUACAACAACCAGGUGGAAAAUUACAUGGCUGUGAAAAAGUAUUUAUUUGAACUUAAUGAAGUCAAUGAUUCUGCCAACCUCACUAGUUGUAUGGAGAAGAUAAAGGAAAAGUACAGUAGUUACGACAUCCAAACACAAAUGAAGGGUUACAAUUUUAGUCUACAAAUAAAAGCAACCGAGGAUAUCCCAGAAAACUUGCAGAAAUGCCAAGAACUAAUAAAAGAACUAAGUCGGGCAACUAAGGUUCUUAUUGGAAGUCAAACAAAGUUGGGAGGUAUGGUGUUCUCUUUCAGUCAGAUACAAGAAGAAAUGGCUGACAAAAUAAAGGAAGUGAAUACUGGAUACCUGGAUCAAAUACGUCUAGUGGAAAACCUGGAGGAAAACAUGAAGAACAUAGACAAAGCUAAACUUUUUUCCACAGAGUAUGAACAGGAAGCCAGUGAGGUCCUUAGGGAAAUUGCCCAUAUUGCAGGUGUUACAGUCUGAACUAACAUUAUGUAUAAUAAAUAUAUAAAAGCAAAGAUAUGUGUACUAUCUACAGAGGCAUAACUAAAGGCUCCUAGGCCCUAGUGAAAAAUUAGCUCCAUGGUCCCACCUACUAUGUGUCAUAUUAAGUAGAAGAAUUUGCAGGGCUCCCCAGGUUAUACCCAUGAUAAUCUACUAAUCUGCAUAAAUCCAAGCGUGCUUCAAAUUCUUGAAAUACAAAUGUGAGCAAGGCUGAGACCGCAAAAUAAAAAGAGUGAUGUGUAGCUGCC